AUGGCAGCAAAGUCAAAAAGGUUACUGAAAGUUAUAGAUGGAAUACGUUCUUGGAAUAUUAGCUCGUCUCAGCCAAAUUCCUCACCAAAGUCAGCCAUUGAAAUCGACGAGUAUUUGAAGAGUGAACAUUUUCAAGUUGGGAAGAUUUCUGUACAUGGUUUUCCCUAUCAACCGACUUGCAUCGCUUUUGAUCCUGUGCAACGGAUUGUUGCUGUUGGAACGAAGUCUGGGUUCAUCCGAAUUUUCGGAAAACCAGGUGUAGACUGCAGCAUCUGUCAUCCUUCAGCAUCUGCUGUCCUUCAAAUUUUUUUUCUCGUCAACGAGGGUGGGUUGGUCUCCAUUUGUGGUGACGACGUUGCACACUUGUGGAACAUACGCCAAAAGAAUCCGGAAAUUGUUCACUCGUUACAGUUCAAACGUGAACAUUUGACCUGCGGUCAUCUUCCUGUUGGUAGCAGUUGGCUCUAUUUGGGUACUGAUAAGGGCAACGUGAAUUUCAUAAGUGUUCAACGGUUUACUACAUCUGGCUAUGUGAUUAAUUGGAACAAGGCUAUCGAUCUGUCUCAGUCAUCGCAUCCGGGGAAAGUUAUUCAGAUAGCUGAGAAUCCUCAAGAUUCUAACAAGAUUCUUAUUGGUUAUUCUUCGGGGUUUCUCGUAUUAUGGGAUCUAAAAACCAAACAGGGUGAUGCUCGUUUCAAACACACAGAUAGUUUGUAUAGUGUGGUCUGGCACUGGGAUGGAAAAAGUUUCCUUACUUCGCAUAAUCAUGGUUUACUUGCAACUUGGUUAAUUCGUCAACCACAACGUCCAGUUUCUGUGAUCUGCCCUCAUGCCCCUGGUGAAGCGGUUCCAGAUGAUUAUGCAUUUUAUGAACCGAUACGUUUGGUCGAAUGGUUACCUACUAGGAAUGGCGAACCAUUCAUUAUCUUUUCUGGUGGUGGCCGUUCUCCUGCAGCUCAAACUGUCAUUCAUUCAUCGGUAGCUACUACCAACGUCUCCUCGACAUCGUUACUAAACUCAGAUCAAUCUGAAAGUGAUCCAAAUUUAUCAUCAUGUAUGGUUUCUAGUAAUCAUAUGUUAACUAUCAAAAGAGGCAAAAAGUUGGUUGUUUUACAAUUGGAUCAUAAACUUGUUCAAUUCACAACUCUUUGUGUGUCUCCUUACAUAAGUGAGACAAUGGAUCCUUAUGCAGUUGCCAUAUUAUUACAAGAAGAUCUUGUUGUUAUCGAUCUUUUAUCUGCAAACUUCGCAACAUUUGAAAACCCAUAUCCAAUGGAUCUGCAUAGUUCUCCUGUCACCAGCUGUUUAUAUUUAGUUGAUUGUCCUGGAGACUUGAUACCUGCUUUCUAUUCUGUUAGCAGUCGUCGGAAUCGUACUCAAAGUGGAACGUGUGCUGAACCUGAUGUGUUCAGCAGUCGCGAAUGGCCUAUUACUGGAGGAGAAUGGCGAUUGAGUAGUCAACAAGUUCCUGAAUUAAUCAUCACAGGACAUGCUGAUGGAUCUGUUCGAUUUUGGGAUGCAUCCGAAGUCUCGUUAACGCCACUUUAUAAGUUUCGUACAUCAAAGUUGUUUGCAAACCCCCUAACUAAUACAUCUAAUCCUGUUGAAACCGGCAGUUCCUCACUUUCUGAUGCAAAAGAUAUCAAUGCUCAAUAUUCUUCCAUUUUAUUAACAACUGAAAGCGACCCUCUUGCCAUACAUUUUAUGCACUUCUGCUCUGAUUCCCGUAAACUAUUAACUGCAAGCAGUACCCAUACUUGUUUAUUACACUUCAGUCGUCGAGAAAUAAAUCUUGAAACUGCAGUUCUGGAUAUCAAUAUGGCUUAUGAUGGAUUAGAUGAUAUUGGUUUCGCCUAUUCAACUGGUGAUACUUUCUCUGAUGAUCAUUUGAAUACUGCUGAAAAUGUAUUUGGUAACAUGACUAAAGACACUGUCCAACAGUCAUUGCCUCACGUAUCCAGUGGAAGUGUUAGCUCUUAUCAAUCUGCGUCUCCAACUGAUAGAGAUUUACGUGUGUUCGUUCCAGUACGUCAAGGUAGCCAUCAUUGGCCUCCAGGCUAUCAACCACUUCUUGUUUGUCGUGUAGGCAUACUUGGACUAAGCUUUGAAUCAAAUCUAAAGUCAAGUACUGAUCCUACAGCUUCCUGUCUUAUCCCACCGCCGUCUAUUACAGCUAUCAGUAUGAGUUCAGCUUUUGGUUUAAUGGCUAUUGGAAGUGAAUUCGGCAUCGCUGUUGUGGAUUAUGUUCACAAGUUUUGCUUGCUGUCUAUUUCGUCUUCUGACCUAUUAAGUCGCGGUCCUAUCAAUCUAACUGGGUCGUCUGCUUCAGGUGAAGUGAAGUUCUGUGAUCAGAAUAAUAGUUCAGCAGGCUCAACUUCGUUAGCUAAUACAUGCAUCAUAAACAAUCAGACAGCUAUGAAAAACGUCCACUCAAAUUCAGAUGCUGUACAAUCAAGUGAGUCAUCUAGUACCGGCUAUACAACACGCUAUGUAUUAACAAGAGCUACAACUGUCAAGAGUGAAUUGAAACGUGCCAAGUCCCAAGUGGUUUUGGCCUGUCGAACAAACCAACCAUCUCGUCAACAAGGACAAACGUCUAAUGCACAAAACACUUCUUCAGAAAAGUGUUCCGACCUUUCACAGUUUUCACAUCCGGGAAGUUUAACCGCAAGUUCUAGCUCAUUAGACAAUCUAAACUGUGAGACAAUUAAAACAAUUUUAUUUAGUGAAUGGAUAUCUCCCAGACAAGAUUUACAUUUUGUGCCAAACCUCUGGAUCGGGACAUCCCGUGGAUGUGUCCUUGCUUUGAAUCUAAAGUAUCGAGUAUUGAAUAACGUCCCAAUUAAUCAAUCAUAUUGUACUGCUUCUUUGUAUCGUUUACGUGGAGAUAUUAUUCACAUUAGCCUGUUGGAUAAUACCGGUGAUAUUUUACCGAGUCCUUCUGAGCGUUGGGAUGAUUCAUAUAUUUUCAAAGGUGGUACUGCCUCUGAACUUUCGAAACAAGCAUCUCUUAUAUCUUGUUCAUCUAUAUGUUCUGAAGGAACUUCUAUGCAUACUAAUGCUGACGCAUAUAGUUCAACUGAUACUGGCUUCAAGUCUUGUGGUGGUGGUGGCGGCAGUGUUCGAGCAUUGAAAGAGUCAGUUAUGCGACAAAAUACAAUUACCACACAUACAUCUUCAACAUCAACAUCGGGUCACUCUAGUACUAUACUAUCCAAUACUAUGAGCGGUGGUGGUAGUACAUUUCAAUCAAGUGGUACAACUGGACUUGAUUCUCCUACAACAUCCAAAGGCUUUAUUGAGUGUGACCGACAGCUGCUUGUUCUUUGUUCAGAAAAACAAGCUCGGGUAGUUGCACUUCCUUCACAAAAUUGUCUUUAUAAGGUCAAAAUAACUGAAACAAGUCAAGUGGUUCGAGCUUCCGUACAACGUUUGAGACCGUCACAUAAUAGUGGAACAUCAACAGCUAGUUUCCUCGCGUGUUACCUUGCAAAUGGACAUUUUGUUGCCUUCUCAUUGCCGAGUUUACGUUUACUAAUGGAUGUAGAUUAUUUACCGUAUACAGAAUGUGUAAGCCGUUCGUUUGCGUUUGGUCAGUAUGGUCAAUCUGUGUAUUUGGUGUCGCCUUCAGAAUUAGCUAAAGUCACCUGGGCAUCAGAUGUCUGUGCGAAUUUACGUGAUAUGCAAGGUGAGAUAUUUAUACCAAGUAAUAUGCCAGAACCUCCUAAGAAAAACUUUUUCAAAAAUUUAUUAAGUGGAACUUUGGUGUCUUCAUUAGAUCGAGAUGAAUUGUUUGGUGAAGCAAGUUCGGGGAAGGGGACACCUGGCGCUACUACUCUACUGCCAAAUGCUCGUAUAGAGAAGUUAUCUGGUCAGACGGGUGCUGCCUCCUCUGAAAUUGCACGAGCUAGAAAUGCUGCCAUUGAACGUGGUGAGCGGUUACAGCAGUUAGACCUACAAACGCAAGAGAUGGCUGA